AUGAUAAGGUUCGAUAUGGACAUGAAACAUCUUAACACUUGGAAAGCAUGUCAUCUAAUUGUCUAUGUAUUCGCAGCCGUAUUUGGCGUAAUGAAUUACGUUUUCAUACAAAAGACAAUGGACCUGGUUGACUACAAUUGUGUUUUAUUUCCGAGAAAACUCGAAUUUCAUUAUAUCAAGUUACCGGACGCUCAAGAUAUAGAAGACUUUAAUGAAAAUCAUUAUUUUAGAAAUGAAACCGAGGAUGCUCAAUCUGAAGUUUUUACUACCACUGUUAGUGCUGAGCAGGGUAAAGUAAAAAGACAAACUGUUGAUAAUGAAACACUCGAUGUCAAUGAGGUUUCAGCAAUGGUGGAAAACGUCACCGAGGUAACGGAAAAUGUAACUCGCCGCUUAGCCCUAGACACGUCCAGAACUCUCUUCGCCACAGAUACCGACUGUAUGUUUGCCGAGUAUAUGCCGCUUUUGUCGACUGUGUUUUCUGCAGUCUGGUUGACGAUGUUCACCAUGUGUCCGAGCGGUGGACGCUCUAGAUCCGGGUUGACUGAGCCCUGGCGUAUAUUAGCACCUGCCUUACUGUUCGCGCUGGUGAUGGUGGGCCUUACUGGUCACAGCUUCACUCUAACCAAUGGAGGGAUUCAUGCGUUCUGUGGAGACUUUUCUAACUAUACAAAUUCAACCACUUGCUCCGCAGUGGACCAAUUCAUCGAGCUGGGCUGGAACGCGACAUGGGGCAUGAGCGGUCGUCUGGGCGCGAGCCGCGGCGCCAGCGCCGGCGUGUGGGCCACCUGGGCCUGCGCCGCCGCGCUGCUGCUGACGCGUUGCCUCGCCGCGCCUGACUUUGUUGUCAAACGGACCAGCGUCUAUCUUAGUCAAGAUCCUCAGAAGAAAAUUACCCCUUACUUGAAAAUUCAGAAAAACACUCGAUCAAACACCAGCUCACCAAACAAAGGUGACAACGUUUCGAUUAAAUCCGAGCCAACUAUCACCACGGAGUUAGUGACGGCUUCAAUAGAACAGGGAGACUCCGUGCCCACGUCGCUGAUGGUCACACCAGUAAAAAUGUCUACGCCACGACACAGGGAGAAUAUCGAAAUGACGUAUACACCACAAGAAAGGAACUAA